AUGGCCUCCAGCGAUGCCAACCGCUUUGAGGGCGUGAAGCGUGUUUUCACCAGGCAGGACGUGCUGCAGCUGCGCGGCUCCAUCCACAUCGAGCACUCGCUGGCCCGCCUCGGGGCGGAGCGCCUGUGGAAGCUGCUCAACGAGGGCGGUGACUCAUACGUGCACGCGCUGGGCGCCCUGACCGGCAACCAAGCCGUUCAGCAGGUGGCUGGCGGCCUGAGGGCCAUCUAUCUUUCCGGCUGGCAGGUGGCCGCCGACGCCAACACGGCGCUGGCCACCUACCCCGACCAGUCGCUGUACCCGGCUGACAGCGUGCCCAAGGUGGUGGAGCGCAUCAACAAUGCCUUCCAGCGUGCCGACCAGAUUGCCCACGCGGCCGGCAAGACCGACACCCACUGGUUUGCGCCCAUCGUCGCCGACGCAGAGGCCGGCUUUGGCGGCAACCUCAACGCGUACGAGCUCAUGCGCGCGCUCAUCAAGGCCGGCGCGGCGGGGGUGCACUUUGAGGACCAGCUGGCCUCGGCCAAGAAGUGCGGCCACCUCGGGGGCAAGGUGCUCGUACCCACCAAGGAGUUUGUGGCCAAGCUGCAGGCCGCGCGCCUCGCGGCCGACGUGUGCGACGUCCCCACUAUCCUCAUCGCGCGCACCGACGCGCUCGGCGCCUUCCUCCUGACCAGCGAUGUGGACGAGUACGACCGCCCCUUCUGCACCGGCGAGCGCACGUCUGAGGGAUUCUACUGCAUCAAGGGCGGCAUCGAUGCCGCCAUUGCGCGCGGCCUGGCCUACGCCCCUUACGCAGACCUCCUCUGGUUUGAGACCUCCGACCCCUCAAUGGAGGAGGCCAAGAAGUUUGCGAAGGCCAUCCACGCCAAGUUCCCCGGGAAGCUGCUCGCCUACAACUGCAGCCCCAGCUUCAACUGGAAGAAGAAGCUGAGCGAUGAGCAGAUCGCCACCUUCCAGCAGGACCUCGACAAGCUGAACUACAAGUUCCAGUUUGUGACGCUGGCCGGCUUCCACGCCCUCAACUUCUCCAUGUUCAGCCUGGCGCGCGAGUACGCCACCCGCGGCAUGAGCGCAUACGCAGACCUGCAGGAGGCCGAGUUUGCGGCAGAGAAGCUGGGCUAUGCGGCGGUCAAGCACCAGACAUUUGUCGGCACCGGCUACUUUGACAUGCUGGCCCAAAAGGUGGUCGAGGAGGGCUGCUCAACCACCGCCCUCGCGGGGUCCACCGAGGCCGAGCAGUUCCACUGA